AUGAAGCUUGGCGGCCGGCGCCUCGUCGCCAGACGUCACAGCGGCGUGGACGCAGGAGUGUGCGGCGACGGUUACCGGCAAUUCCGGCCCGGUGUGGCCGGCAGCUGCCUAGCGCUGGCCUGUGGCCGGCGCCGCGGUGGCGGCGGUCGGCAUAUAGAGAACAUCGAUGAGCUCAUGAAAAAGAAAUUCGGCUGGCUUCGCGCCUUCCGAAAGUCCGUGUACGCGCCAAAGGGCAAGGACACGGUCGGCGCCCUCAAGAAGCAGCCGACCUCCGUCCUCAACGCGGAGCAGCCUCCGUCGGAGGUUGCGCCGGCGCGUGCGGCGCUCUACUACUACAAGCGCAGCAAGCGCUCCGCCAUCGCCGAGGCGAACCCCGAGGCUGCGCCGGCCGAGCUCGUGCAGAUGAUGGAGCAGGCCUUCGAGGCGCUGUCGGAGGAGGAGCGCGCGCCCUUCGAGGAGAAGGCGGCGGCCGACCUGACGCGUCGGGAGGAGCGGAGGUGA